AUGAGUGGAGAAGGCCUGGUCGAGAUCGUGAACGCACGAGGUUUCCACGGUGCAGCCUAUGGCGUGGACCAGACUGCAUACCGAGUGCAGACGAAGGGGGUCGACUCCCUCUUUGGGGCCAUCAGCCACCUGGGGACGGAGCGGCAGAAAGGUAUGGACUUGCAGUCAACCCUGGAUGGCCAGAUGCUCUGCAAACAGCUCCUACAGGUUCGCCUGGAUCUCUUACCAGAACGGGUUACGGACCUCUUCUUCAUCCUGGCUGCCACAAAUUCCAGGGAGCUCGCAAAGUUUCAACACCUGGGCUUUCGCGUGGUGGACAGCGACAUCGGCGCAAAUCUUGCGCAAAAGGAGGACCAUAGGACCCAGCUCACCUUUGAGGCUGUUGUCGUCAUGUGCGCAAUCUACAAGCUUGGUGAUGGAUACUGGCGGAUUGGGUCCAUGAACAUGUCCUGUACCGGCUCACCAAGGGAUCUGAAAACCGCACUGAUGAAGCUCGAAGAGUUAGGAUUUCCGCGCAAGCACGACAAGUCCUCGCAGGAGCAUUUGGUCAUCGAGGGUGUGCGGCGAUACCUUGAAUUGCCGCGCCACUUAGUCAAGUCAGCUGACGUGCAAGUGAGCAGCUCGAACUCCAUGACGAUCCAAUACGCUAUUGAGGUCACAAAUGAGCAUGACGAAGCCAGCGAUGUCGCCGAAGCGAUGGCAAAAGGCCAGCAGCUGCAAACACGCUUGGAGGGUCCGGAGCUGCACCAAACGAUCUUGGAGGAGAUCUUCCGGUUCACCAACGAGAAAGUGAAGCCGGAAAGGCUGAGGAUGUUGCCUGUUGUGGUAAAGCCGCUUAGCGAUCUCCUCAUUGAGGUACGCUGGGAGUUCGGCGAAGUUAAGCGGCAGGACAUGAAGGAUCAUAGCUACCUAGAUGGCGCGCUGAUAGCGUUUGCAGGUCGCAGUUUGCAGGAGAUCAUCGACUACAGGGGGGCUCAUGGCGUGCGUGUGGUGCACAACGGCGUGGUGGACUACGAAGGGAUGUGGGUCGGGCCUGUUGGAGUCAACGACGCCUCGGAUGGCUCCAUCAAACACAAAGGCUUAGUCUUAGAUGAGCUUCCACGAGCCGGCACGCGCACCUUUGAGGUGAUGCUCGAGCAGCUGCCACCGCACACUACGGACAUCUUCGUGAUUGUGUCAUCCCCUUCCGGAAGGGAACUCAGCAAGUACAACAACAUCACUGUCGUCCUCAGCGCCGGGCAUCAGGUAUCUACCUGCCUCCUCAAGUCGAAACCAUCGUCUCCGGGCGUGGUUUUCUGCCGUCUCUUCAAGCAAGGUGCAACAUGGAAGCUUGGUGCCUGCAGGAGUCCGACUACUGGUGGGUGUCAUGACUUUCGGCCCGUCAUCGAUGGCCUCCGCGCCAUUCAGGCACAGACUCACCCUGGUUCUGCUCAGAUCUCCCUGGGAGAUGCGUCCAGUCGCGUGGAGAGGAA